AUGGAGAUCGAUGCAUGGCUAUACGACUCCCGUUCCCGUGUGGACGACGAAUUGGAACUUAAUUUUCCACAUGAAUCGCAUGGUAACAACUGGUGUUUUAAAAGCAUCCGACAUCCCAUUGAUGCCGACGAAAGUAAGAUAAGGGUUGUUUCGUGCGCUGAUGGGUUGGUUUUACUGUGUCACGAGAGCAGCAGCAGCAACGAGAGCAUACGACGUUACUACAUUGGUAAUCCAUUGUUAUCACAAUGGACUCUACUCCCUUCUCCUCCAAUUUUGCCGGGAAAUCAUUACAACGACUCGGGACUUGUGACACGAAUGCACGAUGGUGUCAUAUUGGGCUACAAGGUUGUUCGGCUUUAUGACAAUAUACAAAACACUGAUCAUGAUGAUCAUAGUCUUCGAACCUUAGGUUUUGAGAUCUACUCGUCAGAUACCGGUGAAUGGAGUUACAAACAGGUCUCAUGCCCUGGUGGUAACGGAAAACUGGUGAUGGAAUGCUUUCCCAUUACUUUGAAUGGGAAACUCUACUGGCAUGCUGAAGGCAUGGACGGCAUUGUUGUCUAUGAUUUCUUCUCCGAUGAUGAUAAUGAUGAUCAAGCUAGGUCCAUAAGGUUACCAGACAGAAUGCAAAGAUUUCAUCCUCAUCAUUCUGACUCUUCAAGGUGUUUUGCAUUGUGCCCAUGUCAAUGCUAUAAGAUGAUAUGCACCACCUCUCAAGGAUUUUUCGUGUUUGUCGAAGCUGGGCGGAUGACGGGCAAGGAGGAGAGUUACAAUGUCAAGGUUUGGCGGCUGAUCAAGAGUGAUCAUCAUUCUUGGGUAUGGGAAAAGGCUUGGGAAAUCAACAUGGCGUCUGUCGGGAUUGGUUUUGAGUCUGUUCCAAUGGCCAUCAAUAACUUCGAUGUAGACAUCAUCUACCUAUGGAGCAUACAACACAGACGUUACAUUGCAUUUAAUGUUCGGACACAAACAAAAUAUCUUGGCCCUAGCAACCAUGAUGAUACCCACAACAGGAGGUGCUUAAAUGCGUGCUUUUACCCACGUAAUACUCUUACGCAAUUUGUGCUUUCCUUGCAAGAGGUCCCCAAGAUGUUUAGCAAAUGA